AUGGGGCAAGGUUAUUCCCUCACAACCCUGUCUGCAGGGUCAGCAGGGAUCGAUGUUCCCGAGCUCUCGGACUUAGUGUAUGAGAAGUCCAUGGGUGGGGGCAGAUUCAUGAAGAGCAUCCGUGCUAGGCAACAGAACGGUCUGGUCUUUGUGAAGGUGAUCAUGAAGCCCUAUCCGACCAUGGAGCUGGAGCCAUAUAUCAAGGCCAUUAUUCGGGAACGCAAGCUGUUAUCUGAUGUGCCUAAUGCAUUGAGCUAUGAAAGGUUCCUGGAAACCAGCACCAGUGGAUACCUAAUACGCCAAUACAUCCAUAGCUCUUUGUAUGAUCGAAUGAGCACCCGUCCAUUCCUUGAGGACAUCGAGAAGAAAUGGAUCGCCUUCCAGCUCUUGGGCGCUCUCCGAGACUGUCACUCCAUGGAUGUCUUUCACGGCGACAUCAAAACGGAAAAUAUCUUAGUCACAUCAUGGAACUGGCUAUAUUUGUCUGACUUCUCUUCUUCGUUCAAGCCUACUUUCCUGCCCGAGGAUAAUCCCGCAGAUUUCUCCUUUUACUUUGAUAUAUCGGGUAGACGAACCUGUUACCUCGCGCCAGAAAGAUUCCUAGUCGCUGGUGAAGAGCCGGGCAAUCGUCACGUUAAUUGGGCUAUGGACAUCUUCAGUGCUGGCUGCGUCAUUGCCGAGCUCUUUCUCGAAUCGCCAAUUUUCACACUUAGUCAAAUUUACAAAUAUCGAAAAGGCGAAUACAGCCCGGAGCACGGCCCGCUCGCCAAAAUUGAGGAUCCCGAAAUUCGUGAACUGAUUAUGCAUAUGAUUCAGCUGGAACCUGAGUCUAGGUAUUCUGCAGAAGAGUAUCUGAAUUUCUGGAAGAAUAAAGCCUUCCCGGAGUAUUUCUACAGUUUUCUCCAUCAAUACAUGUCCCUCAUGACGGAUCCAUCUUCGGGAAGAACGAAGGUGGACGCGGAGUCUGCCAACAGAGGUGAGCCCGAUGACAGGAUAGAGCGAGUCUGUCUAGACUUUGACAAGAUCUCUUAUUUCCUUGGCUCCUCAUCUCGAGGGUCUCAGGGUGUACCCAGCCCCGCCGUUUCACGACUCACGGGCGACAUACUCCCUGUAAAGCUUGAUCUGCCGGAGGGCGGGAACAAUCAAGCAUCUGGAACACAGCCUGACGAGGGUGUCUUGAUUUUUUUGACCCUCGUUGUUUCCAACCUUCGGACUACAUCGAAAUCUUCAGCUCGAAUCAAAGCCUGUGAUAUUCUUCUGGCCUUUGCAGAAAGAUUGUCUGACGAGGCAAAACUCGAUCGUGUCCUGCCAUACAUCAUGCUUCUCUUGGCCGACCGGACAGAUAGUGUGAAGGUUGCGGCUAUCCGCACAUUGACGCAAUUAUUAGAGAUGGUGCAAGUAGUGUCUCCAGUGAACGCAUAUCUCUUCCCUGAGUACAUUUUCCCGCGACUUCAGCAUUUCGUUAUCUCCUCCAAGAGUAACCCAAGUGUCAUGGUUCGUGCUGCAUAUGCCUCGUGCAUCGCAUCUUUGGCGCAGUCUUCAUUGAGAUUCUUGGACAUGAUCCAGGCGCUGCGCUCUGAUACUCGUUUAACCGCGCUGAUUCCUGUCGGCUUUGAGCCGCGAUGGACUGAAGAUGCUACAUAUCAUAACCUUUAUGAUGUGGCCCGGAUUGAUCUUAUGGAGUACUUCGAGGUUCACACAAAAGCUCUCUUGACCGAUACCGAUGCCACGGUCCGCCGAGCAUUUUUGGGAUCUGUGUCCAGACUUUGCGUUUUCUUUGGUAAUUUGAAGGCAAACGAGGUUGUUCUCAGUCAUCUCAACACCUAUCUCAACGAUCGGGAUUGGAUUUUAAAGUGCGCCUUUUUUGAGGCUGUCGUUGGUGUUGCUGCGUACGUGGGAAGCACCAGCCUAGAGCAAUACAUUCUGCCGCUGAUGAUCCAGUCUAUGACGGAGCCCGAGGAAUUUGUCGUGGAAAAGGUAAUUCGGUGCCUAGGAGCUAUGGCUGACCUAGGGUUAUUCCAGCGAUCUACGAUAUGGGAUCUGCUUCAUAUUACCCUUGGGUUCUUGGUCCACCCUAACAACUGGAUCCGGGAGGCUGCGGUGAACCUGGUCGUAAAGUCAACCAAGUUUCUGGCUGUGGCUGACAUUUACUCCAUUCUGACUCCCCUCAUUCGACCAUUUCUCAAAGUCAAGAUCGUUGGCUUUUCUGAGGUUGAAAUCCUCGAUGCUCUCAAGCGCCCGAUGUCCAGGAAUGUGUACGAGAUGGCAUUCAUCUGGGCCUCAAAGUCGGACAAAGGGAUAUUUUGGAAGUCAGCGAGCCGCGAUGGUGCAUUCAGUCUUUCUGAUCCUGGUGCACACGGAUUUCGACCUGGGCGUUCUUUUUCCCUAAGUGCACACUCGAAGAAUGAGGAAGACGAACAAUGGCUUGCUAAGCUGCGAAAUCUUGGAAUGACCCCCGAGGACGAAUUUAAGCUCCUUGCACUCAAGGAUUAUAUCUGGAGGGUCUCGUUGAGGCAAGCAAGGGACGUCGAUUCCCGACCUACUCCGCCGUGGAACGAUAUCAUUAGCUUGGCCCAACACGGUCUCACGCCCCAAACAGUUUUCUUUGAUAAGAACGUCAACGACAAGCCGCAAAGUACAUCCCGGGAUCGAACCGAAAGCCCAAGGCCCGAGGAAUCUAGGCCGCGAACUAUCGCUGAUGCACUGCUUGAUGCCUCUACGACUAUUGAGCGGACUCCUCAUUCUGGCCACAAGCAUAUUCGAUCACGGAGCCAACUUCACAAGGGAAUGGAAAUUCGUGCGAGCCGCCCGGGUGACACUGCAGUAGACUCCUCUGCAUCUUCCCCCGCGGCUUCAUCUCCUGCUUAUGGUCCCGGCACUCGGCCAUUGUCUUCCCCAGUCUUGGAUAUCCCUACUCCCGCUCGGCGACUGAGUUCUGGCCAAGAAAGCUCAUCAACUACGCCCACAAAUACGGACAACAUGUCGCUUAGAAGCGAAAGGGUGCAAAAGAAAUCAAGCGCAAUAAACCUUCUCGGGCGCAAUGAGACCACGAAGACAAAUGCGGAAACAAGCACAAACUCUGCCAAUGCCUUUGGAAAGGUGGAUGCCCCCGUCCAAAGAUCAGGGACUCCCCAGCCAUCCGGUAUCACUCAAGCCUACGAACGCAUGCCAGUCCAGGCAGCAGCACGGCGAUAUCGUGCCAAUCACUCAUAUGCAGGCGAUGACCCAACGGUUUUGCGACUACUGGACAACGUCUUUGCUGAGAACUACCCAACUGAUUUGUUCGACCUGGGUCCAUAUGUCAAGGAGCUGGAUCUACGACAACCAAUCCGCAAAGCCAACACACACGAUCCUAAUAAGAUUUGGCGACCCGAGGGGAACUUGGUGGCGACCUUUGGCGAGCACAGCGGCCCGGUGAAUCGUAUUGCUGUGCCACCGGAUCAUUCUUUCUUUGUCACUGCGUCCGAUGACAGUACCGUGAAAAUCUGGGAUACGACGCGUUUGGAGAGAAAUUUAACCCCUCGCUCCCGGCAGACUCAUCGCCAUGCGCCCGGAGCCCGGGUCCAGGCAUUGACCUUCGUUGAAAAUACAUACACCUUCGUGAGCGGCGCGACAGAUGGUAGUAUCCAUGCUGUUCGGGUCGACUAUCACAAAGUCAACGAGACUGUGCGCUACGGAAAGCUUCAACUUGUUCGCGAGUACCAAUUGCCUGUCAUGGAGAAUGGAUCCCCAGAGUAUGCUGUCUGGAUGGAGCAUUUCCGGGAUGAAGGCCAGUCAAAUCUUCUUGUUGCCACCAAUGCUUGUCGGAUUCUUGCGCUGGACAUGAAGACCAUGCUACCGGUUUACACCCUGGAGAAUCCCGUGCAUCAUGGAACCCCAACCACUUUCUGCUGUGAUCGUCGACACACUUGGCUCCUCGUCGGCACGACGCAUGGCAUCUUGGACCUGUGGGACCUGCGGUUCCGUGUGCGACUCAAGGCAUGGGGUCUUCCUGGCUGGGGAUCCGUCCAGCGAAUCCAAUUGCACCCUACCAAGCCACGUGGGCGUUGGGUUUGCGUAUCCAGCAGCGGCAGCCACGGCAAUGAAAUUACAGUGUGGGAUAUUGAGCGAUUCCGGUGCCGCGAGGUCUACCAGGCGACGCCUCUGGACACGCACGAUAACAGCUCUAAUGGGACGCAUCGUGCCUCACGUCCCACCAACGCCCGUGGCCACCGAACCAUGGCAAGAGACUUUGAGGCGUGGCCCGUAGACGAAGACCGACCGGAGGGAAUGCUCAGUCGCUUUGCUACCGCCAGCCCUGCGGCGGCGGGCAUGCCACCAACCACUGGAGAAAAUGGUUCCGCGUCACCACCCAACACCCCCUCUGGAGAUCGACUUGGGACUUGGGCGUUUGCAGUGGGUCUGAAUGCCCCUGAUGACGACAAAGCGUCUAGCAGCCGGUGCGGGUUCAUCGUGUCUGCGGGGUGCGACCGAAAAAUCCGGUUCUGGGACCUUGCCCGCCCGGAGCUGUCGAUGAUCGUUAGUGGGAUGGAUGCCGUAUCAGAGGGCGCUAACGCUGGCAAGCCGCGUUACGAGCUAUCUCAGCCUGGACCAAAUCUUUUAGUGACGACCGAGCACUUGCCCAAUGCGCCUGGUAGCGGGCAGGCAGCGGGAGGGUCGCGGAAGGCAAGCUCACGGCCUCCCCGCAGCACGGUGAUUAGUCUCCAGCAGCAGAUGCUACUCAAGAGCCAUCUGGAUAUUAUCCAAGAUGUAGCUGUGUUGCGACAACCGUAUGGCAUGAUUGUCAGUGUUGACCGAGCGGGCAUGAUCUACAUCUUCCGAUGA